AAAGAACAGAGACAGGCGAGUGGAAGGCCGCAGGAAAGAAACGUGACAGGAAGGAACUGGAGAGGACAACUGCGAGAAGCCAUCAGAAUAGAGAGACACACAUUCAAUUCUGGAAAAACUGGCAAAAUAAACCGACAACUGAGCGAAGGAGACGAGAGUGAAGAAGGAAAGGAGGCAAAAAAGAUCCAUGUAAUGGAGAGUUCAACAAACUGACUCCUGGAACAUCUAAAACCCCAGCAGAAAAACUGAGACAGACGGGGAACAUAUCUGGAGAACAUAUCUGGAGAACAUAUAGAGAACGUAAAAGAACAUUUGGAGAAGAUAAAGGGGAACAUUUGGAGAAAAGAAAGGAAACUUAAGUAGAACCAAGUCUCCAAUUCUUCAGAGAAAAUGGACAUCGGCUCCCCAAGAGACAAGUGUUUCGGCGUUUGGCUGAUCUUCUUCAUGCUCGGAUUGGGAACUCUGCUCCCCUGGAACUUCUUCAUGACCGCCACUGUGUACUUCACUAGCCGCCUGAAGGACUCCUCAUUGGUUGAUUCUAUAGCCAAUCAGACUGCAGCAGAUGAACCUCGGGGUUUCCUGGAGGCUAAAUUCAACAAUGUGAUGACAAUGUGCGCCAUGCUGUCACUGCUUAUCUUUACCUGCCUCAACUCUUUCCUUCACUCACGCAUCUCCCAGCGUCUGCGGGUGAUGGGCAGUCUGUUCAUCAUCAUGUCCGUCUUCAUCGUCACUGUUGUCCUGGUCAAAGUUCCUCUGGAGCCGCUGCCCUUCUUCAUCGUUACCAUGGUGAAGAUCGUCAUCAUCAACGCGUUCGGGGCAGUUCUUCAGGGCUCUCUGUUCGGGAUGGCGGGGUUGUUGCCGGCGUCGUACACGACUCCGAUCAUGAGCGGUCAGGGACUUGCUGGAACCUUCGCUGCCAUCUCCAUGAUCUGCGCCAUCACAAGUGGUUCAGAGCUUCAGGAUGCGGCCUUCGGUUAUUUCAUCACGGCCUGUUUUGUUAUUUUUCUGUCCAUCCUCUCCUAUAUCAUGCUACCUAAGCUGGAGUUUUUCCAGUUUUAUCAGGACAGAAACAGGAAGCAGAAAACAGAUGAACACAAUUCUGUGAAUCUCAUGAACAAAGAGGUUCAUGCUGAAUCAGGCGACCAAAACAAACAUCAGGACGUCUCCAUGAUUAAAAUCUUUAAGAAGAUCUGGUUGUUGGCUCUGUCCGCGUGUUUCACGUUCACCGUCACCAUAGGAAUGUUUCCCGCCAUCACUGCUGACACCAAAUCCACGCUAGCUGAGGGAGGAUCCUGGGAUCAAUACUUCAUCCCUGUCAGCUGCUUCCUGCUCUUUAACCUGUGUGAUUGGACUGGGCGGAGCUUAACAGCUUUUUGUAUGUGGCCGCAGAAGGACAGUAUGUUACUCCCGGCGUCCAUCGUGUGUCGUCUCGUGUUCGUCCCUCUCUUCAUGUUGUGUAACGUUCAUCCUCGUUUUAACCUGCCUGUCUUCUUUCAUCAUGACGCCUGGUUCAUCGUCUUCAUGGUCCUCUUUGCUUUCAGCAACGGUUACCUGGCCAGCCUGUGCAUGUGCUACGGGCCAAAGAACGUUCUUCCUCAUGAAGCAGAAACCGCCGGAAGCAUCAUGGCGUUCUUCCUGUCUCUGGGUUUGGCGUUAGGAGCCACUUCUUCCUUCAUCUUCAGAGCACUGAUUUAACUGGGAACUACACCUGCAGUACUGGGUUUAACUGGGAACUACAUCUAUUGGUUUAACUGGGAAAUUCCUCUAAUGGGUUCAUUGUACGGGUUUAACUGGAAACUACAGCUUUAGUACUGGUUUAACUGGGAACUACAUUUUUAGUACUGGUUUAACUGGGAACUACAACUAUAGUACUGGUUUAACUGGAAACUUUAUUUUUAGUACCGCUUUAAUUGGAAACUACACCUGUUGUACUGGUUUAAUUGGAAACUAUGACUUUAGUACUGGUUUAACUGGGAACUAUAUCUUUAGUACUGGUUUAACUGGAAACUACAUCUUUAGUGCUGGUUUAACUGGAAACUACAUCUAUUGGUUUAAAUGGGAACUACAUCUAAAGUACUGCUGUAACUUGAAACUUGAGUACUGGUUUAACUGGAAACUACAUCUUUGUACUGGUUUAACUGGAAGACAAACUGCCUUCCAAAGCGUUGAGAUAUAUAUUUUUAAAGUUGUAUUUAUUACAGGUUCGAAGCAGGUUCAUGUAAGGAAGCAGUGCAUGCCUUUAAUGGAUUCCUGAUAAUGAACACCUGGCCAACUGUUACCCUGCUUAUAUCCCAGUCAUAUGCCAAAGAAAAUAAUCAUUACUAUUUUUGUAUCCAUGGUACCAUCUGACUUAUUCCCAGAAAGAAUAAUUUUCAUCCCAUAAUGUUUCUUUAUGCUGUUCACUACUACUCCAGUAAAUAGACUGGGUCGACAAGUGACACAUCUAGUCUGUGUUCGAAACUACAUACUCACAAUAUGCAUAAUGCAUACUAUCCUGACCGUUCGUAUGGCGUUAGCAACACAGGUCACGUGACAUACUUCCAGUCCGAGCUCCAUUCGAUGAGCUAGCAUCAAGCUAAUGCGACCGUAGUCCGUAAAUGUAUAUCAACAACAAAAUGCACACUUUCUAUAAUAAUACAGCUACAAAGUUAUUUUAAUAUUAUUUGGCAACAUGUAAAAUGUAUUUCAGCACAGACCUUUUAUCUUAAGCCACUAGUUGGCUGGCUGGCGAGCUCUGUGGUUGUACAGUCUGAGAGCUGUAAUGCAUUGUGGGGCGGUUUAGAAAGACCAGUAUGAUCCCAUUUCAUACUUUUGGUUUAUACCAAAUUACUUUGGGUAUUUCUCAUGGUUUAGGACACAGCCACAGUCGGCUCAACUGUUAGCCAGAAAUGUAAUGCUAUGCUAGCAAGUUCAGAGUUACUAACUGAUUCGGUUACUAACUAUAGAUACAGGCCGAUAGAAAACUGAACACCUGACCACUUCCCGGGUGAACGAUCUGCAGCCUGGUCUUCUCUCAGACCUCAGUUUAUUGUUUUAUGUUUUUAUACUUUUAUUACAGUUUAUUAUGGUGCUAUUACAGGUUUCCUACAUGUUUUUAAAUAUUCAGGGAAAACUAGAAUAAUUAAUGUUUAUGAAUGAACAGAUGAUGAUUUCUGUUGUUGUCAUUUCAGUUUCUAAUAAAUGAAUUUCUAAUAA